AUGGCUUUCUCUUCAAGAAAUAUAUUAAAUGGCUUUCAAGGAACUGGAAUAAAUCCCUACAACUCCCAGAUUUUCGGAGAUGAUGAAUUUUUAGUUGACACUUUGCCAGGUGAAAUAAACUUAGUCGAAUCCGUUCCGGCCACUCAAAGCAACACUAAUACGCCCUUAAACAUAGCUACUAAUGCCAAAUCUCCAAUUCCAUCUCUAACACCUGAGGCUGUAAGACCUAUAGCACGAUUUAGCACGCCAAAUAGAACUGCUAGGAGUGGUUGUUCACGAAUUCUUACCAACUCCACCGAAAAGCUAAGAGUUCAAGAAAAUAAAGAAAAGAAAAAUGCAAAAACCACUAAACGAACGCUUAAGCUUUUAGACAAAGACUCGUCGGAUGAGAGCGAUAAAAGCGUUUCCUAUGCCGAAUCUGAUAAAUCUAACGGUUUCAUUUCUGACCAAGAUAAUUUCAAAAUGGAAAGAACAGAGCUUUUUGACUAUAAGCUUACAGAUCAUGAGAAAUUGGAAGUCGGACAUUAUGUUCUUGUGAAAUUCGGUGAAAAUUCUAAGAAGCCAUUUUACUAUGCGGGGGAAAUUGCAGAAGUCCACAGUGACUCUACUUACACUGUCAACUAUCUAAGAAAAGCAUCAUUGAUUGGAUUGAUGAAUCAAAUCCGAAUUGAAUUGACUAUGGUGGCACUCAAUCGAAAGAUCGAAUUUAAAUGGAAUCGAAAUGACAAACUGACUCAUGGAUUCCUUAUCUCGUUAAUUCAGGCUUACAAAUUGGAUCUAGAAAUCGUAUUUCGAUCCGUUUCAAGUAUACACGAAGCUAAAUCCUGUUUCAAUUUCAAUUCAAUUCUCCUUGUAAACAUAGUAAAUGGGAGUUCUAAAACCACCUUCUCUAGUUCAAUAAAAACGCACAAUAGCUUUGCCACAACCCCUGAACAACAAUCAAACGCUUUUGCUGAGACAUGGUCUCGUAAUGCUAACAACUCAAAUUUCUCAUCAGAAUUUAAUACCAACAAAAAUGAGUAUCUCACAUCACCUGUUCUACCCACUCAAAACGCUGCAGCAAAACGAAUUGAAGUCAAAAUCAGUUCUCUUGAAUUGGAAAGUUGCUUGAGUGUAGUCAAAGGCUAUGAUCAUCAUGCUUCAGUGUGCAGCAGCACAAAUCGAUGCUACAAGUGCGGACUCAAGCAUCAUACCUUAUUACAUAUUGAGUCUCAAAAUAAUUAUCAACCAACUAAAUCAUUAAACACAUACCAAGCAAAUACAUCUCAGUCGAAACAAAAUGUACAAUCCUCAAAUACUGAACCUCAACCACACUGCUCUAAUACAGAGCCAAUAAACUAUAAAACGCAUUUAAAUCAAAUGCAAUCACAAUCCUUAUUGGCUACUGCCCUUGUUAAAGUUUUCAAACCAAAUGGAGCUCAACUUAUUUUAAGGGCUCUUAUAGACCCAGGAUCUCAAGCUACCUUCAUAACCGAAGAUGCAGCUCAGAUCUUAAAACUUAAAAAACAUAAAACACAUGCGAUUGUUAAAGGACUAGGAAAUACUGAAACUGGUACAUCAAAAUAUGAAGUCAAUUUUAAGUUAUUCUCAGUACAUGAUUCUGAUUUCUCUGUAGAUGUCAGGGCUCUGGUAUUCAAUAACUUAACCACUACAUUGCCCACUCAGAAAUUUGAUGCAUCUAACUUCAAUCAUGUAUCAAACCUGUUACUUGCUGAUCCAACUUACAAUACACCCCGAAAGGUUGAUCUUUUAAUAGGUGCCGAUGUGUAUUCGACAAUAAUUUUGGAUGGCGUAGUCAAGGGAAGUACAGGAACACCUGUAGCCCAGUUGACCGAAUUAGGGUGGAUCUUAACUGGAAACAUUCACACACAAAAAAUUCCAAUAACUAUCCAAAGUCAUCAUACACAAUUGGAUGUCCAACUUACUAAGUUUUGGGAAAUUGAAGAAAAUCUUGAUGAGAGAAAAUGGACUGAAGAUGAGAAUAUGUGCGAAAAACAUUUUAAAGACACAUGCAAGAGAAGAUUAGAUGGUAGAUAUGAGGUACACCUUCCAUUCAAAAACAACAAAAGGCCAGUCUUAGGUAAUUCCAAACGAGCUGCAUUAGCAAGAUUUCUACAAAUUGAAAAACGAAUGAAAGCAGAUAGUAACUUUAAAAAACUUUAUGUAGAUUGCAUGAAUGAGUACCUCACCUUAGGUCACAUGAAAGAAGUGAAAGUUGAGGAUGAACUAGGUCCAAACUAUUUUUAUUAUCUUCCACAUCAUGCGGUUCUGAAAGAAUCAAGUACUACAACCAAACUACGGGUAGUAUUUGAUGGUUCUUGCAAAUCAUCAAAUGGACUUUCAUUAAAUGAAUGUCUUAUGGUAGGCCCACGCCUCCAACUCGAUAUAAUUGAUCUGGUGGCAAGAUGGAGAAAAUUCAAAAUUGCUCUUGUUGCAGAUAUAAGCAAAAUGUAUCGUCAAAUUUGGGUGGCUCAAGAAGACACACCAUAUCAAAUGAUCUUAUGGAGAUCAUCCCCAAAUGAAUCCAUAAAAUGUUAUUGUUUAAAUACAGUUACCUUUGGAACUGCUUCUGCUCCCUUCUUAGCUGUACGAACAUUACAAAGGUUAGCUGAAGAUAUUGAACAUAAUUAUCCUCAUGUAGCAAAGGCAAUCAUGGAUGGUUUUUUUGUCGAUGAUCUUAUAUAUGGAUCAGAUAAUGAAGUUGAAGCCAUUAGAUUGCAAAAGGAUAUCGUUUCAAAUUUACAAGCAGCAGGGUUUCCUCUCAGAAAAUGGGCAAGCAACUCACAAAGAGUUAUGGAGGGAAUUCCUGAAAAUUAUAGAGAGAUUAAUCUUCCUCUUGAUUUAAAAUCAACAGAUGCCAUAAAAACAUUGGGGAUUCAAUGGCAUCCUAGUAUGGACUACUUUAGCUUUAAAAUAAACUUACCUGAAACUUCAAAAUUAUCAAAGCGAUCAGUUCUAGCCGAUAUCGCUCGCCUGUUCGAUCCAUUGGGAUUGAUUUCUCCUUGCAUUGUCAAGGCAAAACUUAUACUCCAACAACUUUGGACUAGAAAUUUGGCUUGGGAUACACCUUUACCACAAGAUAUAGAAAAGUCUUGGACAGAUCUUCGCAGUACCCUGCCAAAAAUUUCACAAAUACAAAUACCACGUUGGAUUGAUUAUGAAAUCUCGUCCGAGGUGGAGCUGCAUGGCUUUAGCGAUGCUUCAGAAAAAGCUUAUGCAGCAGUCAUCUAUAUACGUGUCAUACAAAAUAACAUUGAAAAAAUACACUUAAUAGCAUCUAAAACAAGAGUUGCUCCAGUAAAAUGCAUUUCUUUACCACGCCUUGAACUUUGUGCAGCAUUACUCCUGUCUAAACUAAUAUUCAGAAUUAUUAAAGCCAUGCAAUUUGAAAACAUUAAAACAUAUGCAUGGACCGACUCUAUGAUUACUUUAGCAUGGAUAAAAGGAAGCCCAACCACGCGCACCACCUUCGUUGCUAAUCGAAUAAGCGAAAUUCAAAGUUUAACUAACAUCGAAUCCUGGUAUCAUGUAAACACAAAACAGAAUCCUGCAGAUUUUGGAUCGCGAGGAUUAACAACUGAAGAGCUCAUUAACAAUGAGAUGUGGUGGGAUGGGCCAAAAUUUCUAAGAAACUUUAAUCCGCAAGAUUAUUCAUCAAAAACUACUUUUGAAACACAACAAGAAACUAAAAAAGAAAGCAAAAUCAAUACAAAAACAUUAUACAAUAAGAAUUUUGCAACACUAUUAAACUUUUCUUGUGUUGCAGCUUACUGUGUUACAACAGAAAACGAAUUUUUAAGGAGAGUCUCCGAUUUAAGAAGAUCGAUUCGCAUCGUUGCAAUAUGGCAAAGAUACAUAUCUAACUUAAGAUCAAAAUUAAAUUCAAAAAUGAAAUUAGGAUUAGAGAACAAUCCACUUAAAAUUGAAGAACUAAAUGUAUCUAGAACAACAAUUACCAAAUUAGUACAAAACGAACUAUUUUAUGAAGAAAUAAAGGCAUUAAAUGAAUCAAGAGCUAUCCCUAAAGGAAGUGGAAUUUUGAACUUAAAUCCCUUCCUUGAUAAAAACGGUAUCUUACGUGUAGGUGGUCGACUUCAAAACUCCUAUUUACCUUACAGUCAGCGGCAUCCAAUCAUCCUCAAGGAUCAACAUCACUUUUCAAAACUAAUUGCAUGCGAUGCUCAUCAACGUACUCUACAUGGUGGACAGCAACUCAUGAUGGCAGAUAUUCGAAACUAUUAUUGGAUAACCAACCUUAAACGACUAGUAAAAUUUACAAUACACAAAUGUGUAAGGUGUCAUAGACAUGAUGCUAUAAUGCAAAACCAACUAAUGGGAAGCCUUCCAACUGAACGUGUUAUAAUUACAAGACCCUUUACAAACACUGGUGUGGACUAUGCUGGACCUGUUGAGAUUAAAAUGUGGAAGGGUAGGUGUAACAAAUUCUCAAAAGGGUACAUCGCCGUAUUCGUAUGCCUAUCUACAAAGGCCUUACAUCUUGAAUUGGUCAGUGAUUUGACCGCAGCAACCUUCAUAGCUGCUUACAGGAGAUUUGUAGCCAGGCGCGGAAUAUGCAACAACUUAUUUAGUGAUUGCGGAACUAACUUCAAGGGUGCAAGCAAUGAUCUCAAAAGAGACAGUAAAUUCAUAACUUCUGAAUGGUCAUCCACAGUUUCAAAAACUCUGGCCACGCUCUAUACCACUUGGCAUUUUAAUCCUCCACUAUCCCCCCAUUUUGGUGGACUAUGGGAGGCAGGGGUGAAAUCCAUUAAACAUCACCUUAAAAGAACAAUUGGCACUGCGAAGUUGACUUUUGAAGAAUACUCUACAUUACUAACUCAAAUUGAGGGGUGCCUUAACUCACGACCUCUUUGUCCAAUGACAUCUGAUCCAAAUGAUCUUAAUGUCUUGACACCAGGACACUUCCUUAUUGGAGGUCCACUCAAUGUAUUGCCUGACAGAAAUCAUACAUGGAGCACAAGCUAUCUUCACUUGCUUCAACAAAGACCAAAAUGGUUACAACAAAAACCAAACAUCAAUGUUGGAGACAUUGUCAUAGUAAAGGACGACAAUUUGCCACCCUCAUUAUGGUUACUCGCGCGGGUUAUCGAAUUACAUCCGGGAACUGAUGGUCUAACGCGCGUCGCUACCAUCAAAACACAAAAUUCAACGUUCAAACGGCCGAUAACAAAAUUAUCCCCUUUGCCGGUAACAAAUCCGUCGAAUCCGAAUACAUAA